UUAUUUAUAUUUCAACACUUGUCCUCUAGUACCCAGGGGAGGACCUGUGUUCGUAACCUGAAACUUUAUAUUUAAACAUUGUCUUAUUCUAGAUGCGUUGCAGUGAACACCAACUACUGUGAGCAUUAGACUGAGAGGAACAAGUGAAGGUUUAUGGCAGAAAUUCUAAAACAUUUACAAUUGGAUGGAUAGAGAGUGACCCUGAGAGGGUGCCUUCCAUCCUCUAAAGGAUCCUAUCUUCGUUGGAGAACGUUGUAAUGAAGAUCCAUGAGAAGAUUUUAACCCAUUACCUAUCCUGCACCUCACCGGUAGAUAAAGAAGGAUAUCUCUACAAAAAGAAAGAGAGGACCUCCUCCUACCAGAGGCGCUGGUUUGUCCUGAAGGCCAAUCUGCUGUUCUACCAGGAGCGUCCGGCAGAUCGACACCUGCUGGGGGUUAUUGUCCUAGAGGGCUGUGCUGUCCAGCACUGUGAGUCUGAGGGAGGACUGUUUGCCUUCUCCAUGGUGUUCAGAGGGUCAGGGCUGAAAACCUACAGGCUUGCUGCUGAGGACCAGCUGGGCCAGGAGAGCUGGGUCAAAGCUCUGCUCACAGCCAGCCACUGCUACCUUUCACUGCUGGUCAGAGACCUGGGGAAGCAAUACGAAGAGGCUAAACGCCAAGCAGGCCCUGCUGAAUCCCAUCAACGAACCACUGUGACUGGUCCAGGCUCAAAGUGCCUUACCCAAUCCAUGGCUUCCCUGAACUCAUGCUCCUCCUCCUUCCUCAUGCCAGGACCAGUGAGGAGAGAAGGGGGAAGCCACAGUGCCAGUAAUGUAUUACAAGCCCCUCCAAUGCCCAGCAAAGUGAUCAAUAAGAGGUCCCCUAAGCAUUGGCCCAAGAGAAAUGCACAUGUCACACCGAUAAAUGGACCAGCACCACCAUAUGGGGAAUGGCCACAAGUGGACUUUGAUCCUCUAGAGGAUUUCACCAAGCUACAUGAUUACUAUGGAGAGGGGGUGAAGCAGCUGAGAGCUGAUUGGCUGAGGAGGAGGCAGGAGGAAGAGGAGCACCUUGAGGAGGAUCUUAUUGACCUGAGUGAACACUGACCCACAGAGAUCAGACAGUCACCACUCUGGUUAUGUUGAUGAGGACUUUGGUGUGAAUGCCAGUAAUCUGAAAUAAGAAAGUGACUUUAUCGUUUGAGGAACUAGAGCAUUUAAGAGGAACUAGUCACCUGUGUGUACAUCAUGAGGGGAUUAUAGUCCUAUCAGGUUGAUGAUGAGCCUCAAAAUGUCUUGUCACUGAGCAGAGACUCAUCAUCAAACUCAUAGGACUAUCACCCUUAGCGGUGUUGCAAACAACCGGAUGCAUCUGGUUUUCAGGGAUACAGCUAUCUUAAACCUAGUUUCCUUUUCCGCUGAAAACCUGAUGUGGGAACUCUGCUCAGGUGUUUCUUUUACGCCUGCUACUUUAGGUUAUAUGACUAUAAUCCCCUCAUGCUGUACACACAGGUGACUGGUUCCUCUUAAACACUCUAGUUCCUCAAAUUAUAGUCACUUUCUUAUUUCAGAGUACUGACACUCCUACUGGUUUGUCUGUUACUGUUUGUAAAUUAUCAUUAAAAUCCCUGGUAUAUUUUCUAGGUAAUAUUGAUGGUGAGUGUGAAGCUUAACUUUCUGUCAGCUAUCUGGGUUAUGCAAUAUGGAAGCAAAGUGCUUCCAGUCAAAUCUAGCAUCCACUGCAAAACCAUGGUGCUUACCUACGGAACAGCAAGAGGAACUGCCCCUCCCUACCUUCAGGCUAUGCUCAAACCCUACACCCCAACCCGAGCACUCCGUUCUGCCACCUCAGGUCUCAUGGCCCUCCCACCCCUAAAGGGGGGCAGCUCCCGCUCCCGUCUCAGCCCAGUCCAAGCUCUUCUCUGUCCUGGCACCACAGUGGUGGAACCAGCUUCCCCCUGAAGCUAGGACAGCAGAGUCCCUGCCCAUCUUCCGCAAACAUCUGAAACCCUACAACAACAACACAACAACACUUCACCAGCACUUGACCCUCCCCCCUUCUAGCUCUGAUUCUAUUGAUAGCUAUGUUAUUGAGGGAAAAAUGUACUUUAUAUGCCUGUGAUAUGUGGUUGUCCCACCUAGCUAUCUUAAGAUGAAUGCACUAACUGUAAGAGUGUCUGCUAAAUGACUAAAAUGUAAAACGUAAAAACAUCCUUGUGAUGUGUUAAACAUCAUGAAUAUUGAUGUGUUGUUAAGGCUUCACAUCCCUGUUUAACAAAAUAAUAAACUACAGUGCAGCUCUAUAUUAUUAGGUGUAUAUAGUUCAUAUUAAAUGUAUCCAUUAUUUUAAGCAACUUUAAUGCCCACUAAGGUUGAUGCAGCUCAACCAUGCUGUACCACCAGAGGGUGCUACAAACACUGCCUGUUGAUGAAACCAUUAAUGUCCAUUGAUUAAAAAGUGUGACAAGA